ACUACUCCAUGCGCUCCAGACAGAAGGCUUGAUACAUCGACACCAUACAGACAGCCGCAGACUGAGAGACUUGGAAGGACUUACUGAAACGGCGGCAAACUCUUAUUUAAUUUUUUUUCAGCACCUUUGAUUUAUUUUUUUCCUUCUAAAAAACGGUGGAGAUGUUUCAUCCCCGUAAAGUUUUAAUCAUCUUAUUACUGGUGGUCGCGGAAUGCGGAGCGAUAUCGCAGAUGGGGGCUCAGGUCGGCGACUGCCCGUCCCGCUGUCACUGCGAGGAGGACGGCAUGCUUCAACGUGUCGACUGCUCGGAUCUCGGGCUCACGGACAUUCCAGCCAACCUUAGCGUCUUUACUUCUUAUCUUGAUCUGAGUAUGAACAACCUGACCCUGUUGUCCUCCGGUGCCCUCUCCAACCUUCACUUCCUUGAGGAGCUACGUCUUGCAGGCAACGAUUUGACGCACAUUCCCAAAGGAGCGUUCUACGGCCUCUUCAAUCUCAAAGUACUGAUGCUUCAGAACAACCAGCUGCGACGGGUUCCAGGCGAAGCCCUUCAGAACCUCAGGAACCUCCAGUCUCUGUGAGUCAAUCUUCUCCCU